AUGGUGAAGAUCGGCAAGAGAUCAAACCGAGGAUGGUGGUGGGAUCACUUCGUGGAGCACCCAGGUUAUGCUGUCAAAGACCCAGCUUCGAUGGUCAGCGGAAAGGCAAAGGUGGUGUGUGCAAGGCUCUAUGAGCAAUGUGUUGCGCGUGAGCAGGCAAUGGACGAGUUGCCCAACGUCUUCUCUCGAUUUGCCCGAAUUACGCCUCUUCUCUCAACUGAGACACUCACCCUUCUGGCAGAACUCAAGAUGUAUGUUCACGAAGAGCAUGUACGCAAUGACGUGGUCAAGAAGCGGCUUCAACGCCGGUACUGUGACACCGAGGCCACUGACAAAGCAGAGCCUACUCAAGUAGUUCAUGCAGUUGGUGAUGAUUUAUCAGGAGAAAGCAGCGAACGGGAGCCACGCAGCCUCGCUUUCGAGAGGCGAGGGAUAAGUGAUGUUGCAGCAGACCUUAUCCGAGCUGUUCAGGAGGAGGAGGAGGAGAUUUCCGCCACAGAAUCAAUGCACUCAGUCCCCAUUGGUGCUGCCAGUGCCGGUGGUUCAUUCUCCCGCAUUGCUAUCAAUGAAUUACUCGACUAUUCUCAUGCUGAGCUUGAGUUGUACGAGCUUCUUGACUUAGAUGCAGAGGGAAUUGAUGAUCCAGACUUUCCUCAAGUUGAUGAUGUUCUUGACGAGUAG